CACCGCCAGCAGAGGCUCUCUCCGUAACCCCUGCUUCGUCGCUGUGUCUCUGUCCAAACGCUUUAGAGCUCCACUGGGGACCCGGGGGCCGGAAGGAGGACGAGGACGGUAGGGACAGAGGGAACACUACAGCCCUUAGAGGGAAAAGGGAUAUUCGGCACAGUUUAAUUUUACUUUUUCGUUAUUUUUAUUAGCGCAUGCGCUUAGGAGCUUUCAUUGACAACUAGCUGUAUCUAGCUUGCUUGCUUCACAACAAGCCAGGACAGUAUUAUACAGAUCUCUCAAAGCUAGCUCUUGAGGGACAAAUAGGGUUGAAGAUGCCUGUAGCCUACACAGCUCUCAAAACGGUGGCUUCCUUGGACAACGUUGCCUCAUCUGGCGGACAAACUGCUAAGCCAAGAGGCAGAAGGGGCCAUGCUGCAGGUAACCAUGGAAAGUGCCACUGCUGCAAACCUCUGGGGAAACUGUGCGGGAAGUUUUGUGGACUGGCAGCCCUUACCAAAUGCCUUAUAUGCGCUGUAGUAGCUCUGUUUGUGGUGACUGGAUUACUGUGGAUUGGUGGGGCAUCUCUCACUGGCCCCGCCCACAGCAACCUCCGUACAGAGUCUCUCUGCUACACUCAGUCCCACAGAGGAGGAGGAGGAGGGGGGAGUGGGGGGAGGGAGGGAGGUGGAGAUCUGGGGGAGGAGGAAGACCCUACCAUUCCCCUCCUGAGACAGAAUGUGUAUGCUUGGUAUCUAGCGAACACAGGUAUCAUAGUGACACUGGCCAUCUUCAGCAGCUGUGUGUGCUGUGUCUCUUACGUCGGACUCUGCUGCGGCCUACCCUCCUGGGCCAAAAUACUCGGAACAAUCGGCUUUGCAAUAGUCGCCAUUACCUUCACCAUAUUCAUAGUCUGGCUGGGCGGCGGUGUCUACCUCGUGAUAAGAUUCGACAAGUUGGCACUGCUCACGGACGUGUGUCGCAACGUUCUGGCCUAUGUGGUGCUCCUGGUGGUGUACGUGGUGACGGUGUGCCUGGUGGGAGUGGUGUGGUGUGUGUGGAGAGUGAAGGACAGUCAGAGAAGAGAGAGGACCACCACCAGACAGAGACUAGAUACCACCCCAAAACUAGCUCUAGCCAGCUUUGCGGUGUCGGGUUUGCGAGCUGCGGAAGAAGAUUCUAUGGACAGCUUUGCCACCGACCAUCAGUUACUGGCGGAAGCCAGCGAGGCGUUUUUCGGGGCCGUAAGAAGGGGAGAGGCGAGAAGAGUCCAGCAACUACUGGAUGCCCACCCCACAGUGCUGGAAAGACCUGAUCCAUGUGGCCAGCGACCUCUGAUGGUGGCUCUGUCAGAGGGACAUGGGAACGUGGUGGAGGUCCUGCUGAAGAGAGGGGCAAGUCACUCCCAACCUGAUACGAGUGGCAACUCUCCACUACAUGUGGUGGCUGGAAAAGGAAACUAUGAAGCUCUGAGAGUGUUCCUAAAGAACGUGGAAUUGCCAGAAAUUAACUGCAAGAAUGAGGAGGGUGACAGUGUCCUCAUGGGACCUGCUGGCAGAGGAUUUUCUAUUAUUGUGGAGUGUCUCCUACAACACAAUGCUGACCCAAACAUCACCAACAAGGCACGCAUUGGAAUAUUAUUUGCGAUUGCAGCUGGGAGGACUCCCAUCAUGGAGGCAGCCAGGAAAGGUCAUAAAGAGGUCAUCAAGGUCCUCCUCAGGUUUGGGGCUGACAUUCUCCUCACCAGCCAUGAGGACUACUCUGGGAUGCCUACAACUCUAAGAGAGGCAGUGGCAUAUGGCUCCACUGACGUUACGUCAUUCGUCAUGCAACACUGUAACAAGGCUCAGAGAAAGUGA